ACAAAACUGGAGCGAGCAAUGCCGCACAUUUCCUGGCGCCAACCACACUGCAAGUGCUCCUACUCCGAUCCGUCAAUCCGAUUGCCACGCUGCACCAACCAAAAGCCACUGACCUCACCCCGCCGGCCAUGGGCGCUGCCACGGUGCGGUCGACGUUGCCCCCCUGCCGCCUCCUCCUCCUCCUCCUCCUCCUCCUGUCCACCGCGCUCGCCUCGGCCGCCACCGCGCCCCGGCUCGUGCUCCCGGCGCCGUCCGGCUCGCACCCGUCGUGCCUGGACAACCCGCCCGACCUGACGGCCGCGGGCGACGAGGCGGGCGAGCUCGUCCGCGACCUCGGCGGCCUCCAGGCCUACGUCACCGGAUCCCGCGGCUCCACUCGCGCCAUCGUCCUCGCCUCCGACUACUUCGGCUUCGAAGCGCCAAAACUGAGGAAAAUCGCGGAUCAGGUUGCAGAGGAUGGAUACUUGGUCGUGGUUCCCGAUCUGUUACACGGGGACCCUUUCAGUGCUGACGCCAAGAUUUCGUUUCAAGAUUGGCUGAAAACCCAUUCUCCGGUGGUGGCAGCUGAAAAGACUAAAGUGCUUAUCGCUGCUCUGAAGAAGCAAGGAGUGUCUGAAGCUGGUGUUGGAGGAUAUUGCUGGGGCGCAAAGGUGGCCGUGGAGCUAUCAAAAUCUGAAGAAAUUCAGGUGGUUGUCAUCUCGCACCCUUCACAAGUGACUGUCGAUGACAUGAAGGAGGUCAAGCAUCCCAUUGAGAUUCUUGGGGCAGAACUUGAUCAAGCCUCUCCACCGCCGAUAGUGCACCAGUUUGAACAGGCCCUAGAUCAGAACAACAAGAUUGACCGCUUCGUGAAGAUCUUCCCGGGCGUGGCCCACGGCUUCGCUUGCAGAUACGACGCCAACGAUGCGUUCGCCGUCAAAAACGCGGAAGAAGCUCGGGCAGACAUGCUCAGCUGGUUCAACAAGUAUCUGAAGAAGCACCAAGAGCUUUCGCUCCACGAAUCUUAGAAACUCGAUAGUCUCCGGCUGUUCUGAAUAAGUAGCUUCUUGUUUUGAAACAAGCGUUUUUUCAUUGGUUAAGAAGUAUAGAAUUAAGCAUCCCUUGCCUUUCUGAAUAAAUUGCACGUCAGUGCUGAACUUGUAAGCCCUAUCUUGGUCGUGUAUGCCUCUAGUUUGAUUCA